AUUAAAAAUUAUGGCUUGAACCAACUUCUGUUCAGGAAAAUAAUGGAUUUGCUUCAGCUGCCUGGAUGUGCAUUUAAGUGGGAGCUACAAUGUAUUUCUCAACAAGGAGCAUGGGUAAACCUAUUAAGGGAGGCAUUUUUGAGUGUGUGGAAUCUGGUCCAAUGGGAGCAGAAGAAUUAGCCUUCAGAUUUGCUGUGAACACAAUCAACAGAAACAGAACUCUUCUGCCAAACACCACAUUAACAUAUGACACACAAAAGAUAAAUCUCUAUGACAGUUUUGAAGCAUCCAAAAAAGCCUGCGAUCAGCUGUCCCUUGGGGUGGCAGCCAUCUUCGGACCGUCCCACAGCUCCUCAGCUAACGCUGUGCAAUCCAUCUGCAACGCUUUGGGAGUUCCACACAUCCAGACCCGCUGGAAACAUCAGGUGUCAGACAACAAGGACUCCUUCUAUGUCAGCCUCUAUCCGGAUUUCUCUUCACUCAGCCGUGCCAUCCUUGACCUUGUGCAGUUCUUCAAGUGGAAAACAGUUACUGUUGUUUACGAUGACAGCACUGGUCUCAUUCGAUUACAAGAGCUCAUCAAGGCCCCGUCACGAUACAACCUAAGACUAAAAAUCCGUCAGUUACCAGCUGACACAAAAGAUGCAAAGCCAUUGCUAAAGGAGAUGAAAAGAGGCAAAGAAUUCCAUGUAAUCUUUGACUGCAGCCAUGAAAUGGCAGCAGGCAUCUUGAAGCAGGCUUUAGCUAUGGGGAUGAUGACAGAAUACUAUCACUAUAUCUUUACCACACUGGACCUGUUUGCCCUGGAUGUGGAACCCUAUCGGUACAGUGGUGUUAAUAUGACUGGAUUCAGAAUCCUAAACACGGAAAAUACCCAGGUGUCAUCUAUCAUUGAGAAGUGGUCUAUGGAGCGCUUGCAAGCACCCCCGAAGCCUGAUUCAGGUUUGCUGGAUGGAUUUAUGACGACGGACGCAGCGCUGAUGUACGAUGCAGUCCACGUGGUGUCGGUGGCUGUCCAGCAGUUCCCACAGAUGACCGUCAGUUCGCUACAGUGCAACCGCCACAAACCAUGGCGCUUUGGGACCCGCUUUAUGAGUCUCAUUAAGGAGGCCCACUGGGAAGGCCUCACAGGCAGGAUAACUUUCAACAAAACUAAUGGCUUAAGGACAGAUUUUGAUUUGGAUGUCAUCAGCCUCAAGGAAGAAGGUCUUGAAAAGGUUGGAACUUGGGAUCCGUUGAGCGGCCUUAACAUGACAGAGAAUCAGAAAGGAAAGCCAGCAAACAUCACAGAUUCCCUGUCCAAUCGCUCUUUAAUUGUUACUACCAUCUUGGAAGAGCCAUAUGUUAUGUUCAAGAAGUCUGACAAACCCUUGUAUGGAAAUGAUCGUUUUGAAGGUUAUUGCAUAGACCUCCUCCGGGAGCUGUCUACUAUCCUUGGGUUUUCCUAUGAGAUUAGACUGGUGGAAGAUGGAAAAUAUGGAGCCCAAGAAGAUGCCAGCGGACAGUGGAAUGGAAUGGUUCGUGAACUAAUUGAUCAUAAAGCUGACCUUGCAGUUGCACCAUUGGCAAUUACCUAUGUUCGUGAGAAGGUCAUCGACUUUUCCAAGCCCUUUAUGACUCUUGGAAUAAGUAUUUUGUACCGCAAGCCCAAUGGUACAAACCCGGGCGUCUUCUCCUUCCUGAAUCCUCUCUCCCCUGAUAUCUGGAUGUAUAUUCUGCUGGCUUACUUGGGUGUCAGUUGUGUGCUCUUUGUCAUAGCCAGGUUUAGUCCCUAUGAGUGGUAUAACCCACAUCCUUGCAACCCUGAUUCAGACGUGGUGGAAAACAAUUUUACCUUGCUAAAUAGUUUCUGGUUUGGAGUUGGAGCUCUCAUGCAGCAAGGUUCUGAGCUCAUGCCUAAAGCCCUCUCCACCAGGAUAGUGGGAGGCAUUUGGUGGUUUUUCACACUUAUCAUCAUUUCCUCGUACACUGCUAACCUAGCCGCCUUUCUGACAGUGGAACGUAUGGAGUCCCCUAUUGAUUCUGCUGAUGAUUUGGCCAAGCAGACAAAGAUAGAGUAUGGGGCAGUUGAAGAUGGAGCAACCAUGACUUUUUUCAAGAAAUCCAAAAUCUCCACUUAUGACAAGAUGUGGGCCUUCAUGAGCAGCAGGAGGCAGUCAGUACUUGUCAAAAGCAAUGAAGAAGGUAUCCAACGCGUGCUUACCUCUGACUACGCAUUUUUAAUGGAGUCGACAACCAUUGAGUUUGUCACACAGAGGAACUGUAACCUUACACAGAUUGGAGGCCUGAUAGACUCCAAAGGUUACGGCGUUGGAACUCCCAUGGGUUCUCCAUAUAGAGACAAGAUCACUAUAGCAAUUCUUCAGCUGCAGGAAGAAGGCAAGCUCCACAUGAUGAAAGAGAAAUGGUGGAGAGGCAAUGGUUGCCCAGAAGAGGAAAGUAAAGAGGCCAGUGCUUUGGGAGUUCAAAAUAUUGGAGGAAUCUUCAUCGUGCUGGCAGCAGGAUUGGUGCUUUCUGUCUUUGUGGCAGUUGGGGAGUUUUUGUAUAAAUCAAAAAAAAAUGCUCAGCUGGAAAAGAGGUCCUUCUGUAGUGCCAUGGUAGAGGAGCUAAGGAUGUCUCUGAAGUGUCAGCGUCGACUAAAACACAAGCCACAGGCCCCUGUUAUUGUGAAAACAGAAGAAGUUAUCAACAUGCACACGUUUAACGACAGAAGGUUGCCAGGUAAAGAAACCAUGGCUUAGAGCUGGGAAGCCAAAAACCCCAAGCACAAACUGUCGUCUUUUUUCCAAACAACCUUGCAAGAAUGUUUCCUGUGGAAAUAUGCAACAAGUGCAAAAUAAAAUGAGUUACCUCAUGCCGCUGUGUCUAUGUACUAGAGACUCUGUGAUCUCAGCAGUUGCAAUGGCCAGACUCGAAUCACAAGCAUCAUGGAUCAACAAAAUUAUGCAGGGUUACGCUGUUUGUCAUGGGUUUCCACCAUUCUGAAUGAAUGUUCCAUGUGAGUUUUGUGGCUGGUUUCAAAUGCAGUCUCAGUGAGAAGUUACAGGUUCCUUUUAAAGUUCAACAGUUGCCAGAAAAGAGAGAAUAAAUGUCCAAGAUGAUACAAACCACAGAAGGAGUCUAGUAAAAGUAAUGUCUCAGAACUGUAGUGGAACAAGAAACCAUAUGCUCUUCUGAACUUCCCAGCACAGAAAAGUUGGUAACUGCUGGUAGACUGAAACUACCAUCUGGACAAGGCGAUAUGAUCUUUCUGGAUGGAAGAAAUGUUAAAAGUGAAGAAAUAUGAAUCCCACAAAUAGAAGAAUAAAUAUGAUGAUGCUCACUUGCUGUUUUUUUUUUUUUUUUUUACUGUUUGUGACACUGAACUAAGUAAAUAAUAAUUACAAAAAAAAAAAAAUUAGCUGGGUUGGAACUUUGAUCUAAAAAAAUGACAAAAAUAUUUCUAGAAUUUUGACCCAAUUUUUAGAUGAAGGAAAGUUUCCUUAGUACAAAGGAAUGUAUCUUACAACCUUUAGAUGUAAGCAAUUAAUUUUCUUUUCUAUAAUUGUGAAAAGAGGGGAGGGGGGUGGGAAGCAGUGUAUUUCACACAUAGAGGGCUUGCAUUUUAGCCUGUAUGGGUUUUGAAACACUUGUUCCUGCUACUAAUUGAACUCAAUGGAGCCUGUGCGAUUCUCGCUAAUGUUGGAAGAGGGAUGGGUCACCUUAAAGAAGUGAAUGUCAAGAACUUAAAGGAGGACUGCAUUUUUCAAUACAGUCACAGUACUAAAUGAACAAAAUUCUUGAGCAGUUUUUUUUUUUUCCAAAAAAAAAAAAAAUGUUCAGGUUUAUUUGUGGAAAUGCAAGAUUUCUAUGAAAAUAGUUUUUGUAUGGAAAUUUUUGUAAUACUUUUUAUCAACAAAAUAAGAACAUGUGUUUCUGUCAGGGGUGUGAUGCCAAGCAUGAGUGGUAGUGCGUGCGCACCACCAACGUUUGGUGAAAACUAUUUUUAUCAUGAAAAAGGAAUCUUAGAAGAGACAUAUUUUCAAGUUAUAUAAUAUAAAAAAAUAGGUGCACUACCACCACUGCUUACCAUGCUACACCCCUGGUUUCCACUAAGCUGAUAACAUGCUGUCAUGAACAAUUGUGUGUAAAUGGUAAAAGACACAGACCUCUUGACCACAUUGUGAUAGAAGUUAAUAUGCACUCAGUUUGCUGUUUGAAUCCAAUGCACAAAAUUAAAAAAAAAAAAAAAAAGUACAAAAGAAAGCAUUAAAUUUAUGUCGGUUUUAGUUGGUUUGGUUUUGCUGUGUGUUUUGAGCAACAUAUGUGCAGUACAUUGUGUCAGUACUGGUACUUAGCUUCAGCUUAGUGCCCUAUCCUGAUGAUUCUUUCCACUAAAUUUGUGACAAGAGAGUUUGCUGGGAGUUCUGACAGAAGCCAUUACAGCACAUUGUGAUAUUUGCAGGAUUUGGUUCUUAGCUGCUAUAAAGCUAAUUUAUAUGUCCUGACUGUGGUGAGUUCCUGGACAUAACAUUUUGAAAUACUGCCCUACAGAUGCUGAACCUUGCACCACUGUCUACUGUAAAUUAAUUUGUAUCUCAAUGAGAAAUGUAUAGUAUGGACUAUGUAAGAAUGUUAUGUCAGCCAAAAAAGAUUAUGAAGAUGGUCUUUACAUGGAAAAAAAAAUAAUUUGACUAAUUAGGAAAACCCCCCAGAAACAUUAAAAUAAUCAUAGAUAAUACGUCAUUGGUGAGUAAAGAGAUUGGUUGUUUACUCGGGCUUAAUUUAAUCUUAUCAUCAUCUUUAUGGCACAGAAAUAUAAGAUAUAUCAUCCAAACUGUAGAAGUUAUGUAAUGAAAUUUAGGGGUAAAUGGGAGGUUUGUGUCUACUACCCAGUUAUCAUGAACCUUUGUAGAGAUUGAGCUGGCCAUUUCCAUUGUGAGCAGGGACUGAGAAAGCAAAUUCUCUUAUAUUUGUGAGUUUCAUCCCCAUUUAUGUGAUAACAAAGAACAGGCUAUCUUUGUCUGAAGUAUAAAGAAGAUAAAAACACUUUAAACAAUUUUUCUGGUAAUGAGUAUACUUACAUAAUUUAUAUUUAAGUUAAUUCUUUAAAACACUAGGGGGAAAAGAGUAACUGUCAUAUAACACAAUGGAAACUCCUAAUUAUGAUGGCUUGGAAUGGAAAAAAUUGGCUAUUGCAUUUGAUUGAUGAUUUACAAUAAAAUUUGUAAAAUCA